AUGGCUGGAGAAGGGGACCGUUUCGACUAUAUCGAGCAACUCUGGCGCGACGCUGUCGCUGCAGGGGUGGAGCCGCUCCUUUCAUUUCCACAGCGAAGAUGGAAGGAAUAUAUAUCUAACUUUUCAUGCGCAUUUGAAGCCCAGCAGCCUACUGAUUUGCUUAAUGGGAUAACUAGGCAAAAACCAAGAGUGAACAGGAAUAUCACAUAUCAAGGCUUCCUAGCUCUCGAGGCUCUCGUUAAGGAGCGCCCGCCCUGUGAACAUGAAAUUCAAAACGCCAAAAUGCAUUUUUUCGAGGCAGUCGACGAAGACCCUUUCAAGGAUGUGUCUGAGUUUACCUUCGUAGAGAACGACGAGCAAUUGGCGGAAAUGAUUGAAGAUAUCACAGAAAAAAGGAAGAGUAGUGCGGUGGCCAUUGAUGUGGAGCACCACUCCCAAGCCAGUUACAGAGGGUUUACGUGUUUGAUUCAAGUGUGCACUGCGACACAUAUUUAUAUAAUUGACAGCCUAAAUGUUUUCGAAAAAUUAUUUAUUCUAAAUAAAAUCACGGCGGACGCGUCAAUUGUAAAGGUGCUGCACAACGGCGACAACGACAUCACAUGGCUACAGCGGGACUUCAACGUCUACAUAAUAAACGCCUUUGACACUGGAAAGGCGGCAAAGUUCCUUCACAUUGAGGGCGGCACUUCCCUGAAGAACGUUUUGGCACUGGAAUUCAAUGAGCACAAAGAAGAAUGGUACAAAACUUGUGACUGGUCGAACAGGCCCCUCACCAGGGGCAUGUUGCAGUAUGCUGUAAAUGACAUACGCAAAACGAAUUGGCAGGUGCAUGCGUACGAGAAGGAAGUGAAGGCGAUGCUGUGUAAACCAUUCACGUUUCCCAAAUACAAAGACUUGGAGAAGAUCCUUCGGGCCCCGCAACUACGCAGACCAACCGGCAAGAAACGCGCACUCGCGGAAGCAGUGCUGGCGUGGCGAGAUAUUCGUAGCCGGUCAAUUGACUGUUCGCGUACCUUUCUAAUAUCGCCACACGAGUUGCCUAGAGCAAUUAAUCAGGCUUACCACGCAAAGACAGGAGCUCCAAUAGCGAGAUGCAUGAACAACAAAAUAGGUGAAGACAAACUUCGGGAAUUCGCUGCAGAGAUUGACGACCUCGUGAUUUACUACGCGCAAUAA